AGGAGACUGCAGGGAUCACCGCGGGCUCUGCUGCCACCCACGCUGAGCUUCUCCCGCCCCGCAAUCCCGCUUUUCCACAGGGGUGAAGAUGAGUGCUGACGAGAUCCUGGUGCGUGCAGCAAAACUUGGAAAAAACCUCUGCCUCUAUUUUAUUGACGACGAUGAGCUGGAAUGUGAUGCCCUUUGCAAGGAAAAGGCUCUGCACAGAGUCCUUCGGAACGUGAACAGCCAGUUGCUGGUGGUUCGCCCAGAUCUCAACCUGGCAGCCUUUGAGGAUGUGACAGACCAGGAGAUGCAAUCUGGCCAAGGGAUGCACUUCACCAUCCACUGCUACAAAAGCACCACCCCUGCAGCAGGGCUGCCUGUUGCCUUCAGUGUGCAGAUAGAAGGCAGAAGUUAUUACAUGUGCUGUGAGAAGGAACGUGGGGAAAUGCUCGUUCGAUUCAAGGAGGGAGAAGUUCCCAAAGACAUUCCUGGUGAAAGCAACAUCAUCUUUUUCAAAAAGACGUUUACGUCGAGUUGCUCCAGAGCAUUUAAGUUCGAAUACUCACUGGCAGAAGGAAUGUUCUUGGCCUUUAAGGAAGAAGGCUGCUUAAGAAAAUUAAUCCUAAAGAAAUUGUCAGGAAAAGAUGGAGUGGAUGAAACCAUGAAGAUAAAUUUAUCUGAAUUCAGUCAAAAUUAAAGGCACAACCUAUGAUGACAGACUUCCAACAGUUUUAAAAUAUAUUUUGGCUUUUUAUAAAAGAAACUUCAGUCUUUCUUUAUCCAAAACAAGCCAGUUUUCUGUUUUAACUACCCUAAG